GUGAUCUUACUACAGCGGCGCGGGUCGCGGCUGAUCGUCGGCACCGCGAGCGCGUGGGCAACCCGGACGCCGUCGCCGCGCCCCCUCAGUCGUAGAAGUCCGCCUCGACGCGCGGCCCCGCGCCGUCGGCAUCCGGGUCCGCAUCCAAAAAGUCGUAGACGAGGUCGGGAAUCCGGUCGGCCACGAAGCCCAGCAAAAACGCCGCCACGACCACCACGACCUUCUGGACGAUCGUCAGGCCCUGCCGGGAUUGUGAUUCAUCAAAGGCCUUCUCGAAGGCCGCGACGCCGUCGUCUCCAUUCUCGUCGGCGCGUCGUCGUUGCUCGGCCUCGGCAUAUACUUUUUUCUUCUCCUUUAACUCAUGCUCCAGCUUCGUCCGCUCUCCAUGUAAAUUCAAGCACAACGCGAGGCCGUCGUCGAACUUCCGUCUUAAUCUAUGGAGCUCCUCGAGCUGUUGCGCCUCGUCCGGCACGACGUCGUCGCGGGGCCUUGAAGGCAGCGCCAUUGUAUCAAGCUCGACGAGGUCGCGGCCCGCGUCGAAGGGCGCGAGGGACGGGGGCUUGGGCAGGAGCCGCAUGGUGUAGAGGGGCUCGGCGUCGUCUGUGGCCAUUGUCAGUAGUGGUGUUUGAUGGGCAGCCCACGACCUGCGGCACCUCGGGGCCGAGCGGUGGCGUCGGUGGGGCAGCGAUGUGCGUGCGAAGCGGUCCCAACUCGCUUUCUAUAUGCGGUGGCAGCCCUAAGCUUAAGCUUUCCAGUGAA